UCACAACAAAGCAAGCCUUUCACUUCAACCAAUUUUCCACUUUCCUUACUCAUUUCAGCCCCGGUGGCUCUCUACGAAUAACAUAUCUUUAAUAUCAGAAAGCUCAUCCUCCGAUUCUCUCUAGUUUCACCACCACCCCAAACUCUCAUUCAAGAUGCGUUCCCAGUCCCUCCUCGUCGCAGCCUUGGCCGCUUCCGUCUCUGCCCACGGCACGCUGUUGUCUAUCGAGGGUUCCAACGGCGUCAGCAUGCCCGGUCUUACCAUCGCCGAUGGAACUCCCCGUGACUGCUCUUCAAACGGCUGCGGCUCUCAGGCCGACACCGCCAUCAUUCGUGAUAGCGAGAUCGCCUCCGGCAAGGCCAGCCCUCUUGGUCGCACUCAGGGCAACGGCAAGGUCGAUGCCUCGGUCAUGAUCAACAACUUCAUGGGUGGUGACGCAGCUCCCAAGAGCAAGGGCAAGGCCGCCGCCACCGGUGUCGAGGAUGAUAUCCCCAACAUCAAGCGCGCCGAGCUCUACGCUCGCCAGGGUCUCGCCGGUCUCUUCGGAGGUGGCAAGAACCAGGGCAAGAAGGGCACCAGCGUUCCCGAGGCCCGCGUUGCCGCUACCGCCGGCAUGGGCGCCUCCGAGGGCAUGCCCACCUGCGCCGAUGACGGCACCAUCACCAUGACAUUCCGCCAGAUCAACCAGGACGGUGCUGGCCCCUUGACCGCCGACGUCGACGGCACCUCCGGUGGCACCAAGGAGUCCGCCAUGCGGAAGGCCAAGGUCAUGACUGACGUUCCGGGGCUCGGCGUCCAGGGCCUUUCUCUCGCCACCAACACCGACUUCCCCGUCAAGGUCCAGAUGCCCGCCGGCAUGACCUGUGACGCCACUGUCGGCAUGGCCACCAACGUCUGUGUCGUUCGUGUCCGCAACGGCGCUGCUGCUGGACCCUUCGGUGGCUCCGCUGCUUUCACCCAGACCGCCGCCGGCCGCAAGCGCGCCAUCGCCUACCGUCUCAAGAAGCGCAUGGAUUUCAACAACCGCGCAUAAGCGACUGGCUCGUUACGAAUUCAAUGAUCAUCGGCAUGUUAGGCCUGGGAGUUUGGAAAGCUCUCUCGUCGAUGCCGAAGGGAGUCAGGGACUUCCGAGGCUCGACGGUCGCCAGACUCGGGUAUUGAGGCUUUGGAAACGACUGUUUACUAUUCCUACAUGUUCUUUUUUAGUCGUAAUUUUUCCAUAGGCAAUUAACGCCGGUCGGAGUUUGAAAUCCUCUCUGAGUCUAUUCCCGCUACUCGACUGUUGAACUGUGACAAAUGCUGUGUUUACUCGAGAAGUCAAAGUGGAGUAAUUCUGGGGUAGUCUGGAAACAUGCCGAUUGGGAUCAAACACGGCCAACCACGUGUGGCUGAUGGUUGGGGCAAGAAAAGCCCAGCCUCGUCUGAAGUCGAGUGCGAAUAGAACGCUCAGGCUGCAUCCCUCCCGCUUGCCCAAACAAUAACAUGACACCGGGCUUGUGUCAGACAGAACAAAGACA